AUGAAGAUCACUCCUAGUGUAGUUAUUGACGCACCAGAGUACUAUGUAGAUCACUUCAAUGGCAAAUACAAUUUAGAUAAAUGCACUAUUUUGAGGAAUUUGCGACUAGAAAGCGACUCAGAAGCUAUGAGCUCAAGUUUAAAACACAUUGCAAAGCCGACGCGUGUGCUGGAUUUUACUAAUAACGAACUAAUAUUGAUUCCAGACUUGCAGCUGCGAACCGAUAUUCACACUAUUCUGCUUGGACGAAAUCAAAUAUCUCAUGUGGAUGGAAAAGCCCUGCCAUCGAGGCUUGUGAAUUUAGUACUUGCAAGUAAUAACAUUGCACACUUCGAGCAACUUAAUGGGCUUCAAGCUUCUCCAAAAACCCUCAAGAACGUAGUGCUGCGAGGAAAUCAAGUGUGUCAUUUACAAGGCUAUAGAGAGUACGUUGUGCGUUUGCUUCCUCAACUUGAAGUUUUGGAUUUCACUCGUGUUACGCCCAAGGACAGAGAAAAGUCAAAAGUUGAGUCACCCAUCGGUGCCCCUAGUAUGAGCAUAUCUUCAGAUAAUUUCAGGAACGAACCUAGGGAUAAAUCGAUGGAAAUCAUGAAUUUGGUUGUGGGUAAAAUGUCAGAAGAGAAGCGCAAGGUACUCAAUCAACAGUUGAAAAAUGCUACCUCGUUGGCAGAAAUUGCGAAGAUAGAAAAGUUGUUAUCGGGCAGAGUACAAUAA